AUCCGAGCCCAGCCGCAGUCCGUGCGGCGGUCGGCCGGCGGGUUACCUGUGUCCGUGAUGACGCUGUACUUGAACAGAUAAGGAUAAGUCAUGGUCCAGAGUCCUCUGCAUUCGGUUCCGCCCGACUUCUCCAGCGGAUAUCUCCGACCCCUCUAACCACUCAGUCGACCGAUUUCCUUAUUUUUCUCCGCUCCAGCCCCUCUCUAGCUGAGGCCACGUCUCUAUUGCUCUGCCCAGAAGCCCCUCUUGGCCCAGCGUGCCAGUGGCCGCCUCUGGAUCCGCCUCGGGCGCGGCUACGUGCCAUUAUUCCGCCGGACCCCAGGGGGCGAUAGCUAGCUUUUCCGUCAGCUCCACAUGGGACUCGUUGCAGCCCUAUAGUCCUCUCCAAUCAGCGGAGAGCGACGCUUGUCCUUGAGGAAGUGACGCAGUUCCGAGUCCCGUGCGGGCGGUGGGAGCGAUGAGGGGACUGAGACGGUGGUAGCGGCAGUGUGAAGAUGGAGUUUCCCGGAGGAAACGACAACUACCUGACGAUCACUGGGCCCUCGCACCCCUUCCUGACAGGGGCCGAGACAUUCCAUACACCAAGCUUGGGUGAUGAGGAAUUUGAAAUCCCACCCAUCUCCUUGGAUUCUGAUCCCUCACUGGCUGUCUCCGAUGUGGUUGGCCACUUUGAUGACCUGGCAGAUCCUACUUCUUCACAGGAUGGCAGUUUUUCAGCCCAAUAUGGGGUGCAGACAUUGGACAUGCCUGUGGGCAUGACCCAUGGCUUGAUGGAGCAGGGCGGGGGGCUCCUGAGUGGGGGCUUGACCAUGGACUUGGACCAUUCUAUAGGAACUCAGUAUAGUGCCAACCCACCUGUUACAAUUGAUGUUCCAAUGACAGACAUGACAUCUGGCUUGAUGGGGCAUAGCCAGUUGACUACCAUUGAUCAGUCAGAACUGAGUUCUCAACUUGGUUUGAGCUUAGGAGGUGGUACCAUCUUGCCACCUGCCCAGUCACCUGAGGAUCGCCUUUCAACUACCCCUUCACCUACUAGUUCACUUCAUGAGGAUGGUGUUGAGGAUUUCCGGAGGCAACUUCCAAGCCAGAAGACAGUAGUGGUGGAAGCAGGGAAAAAGCAGAAGGCCCCAAAGAAGAGAAAAAAGAAAGAUCCUAAUGAACCUCAGAAACCAGUUUCUGCAUAUGCUUUAUUCUUCCGUGAUACACAGGCUGCCAUCAAGGGACAGAAUCCUAAUGCCACCUUUGGAGAGGUUUCAAAGAUUGUGGCUUCAAUGUGGGACAGUCUUGGAGAAGAGCAAAAGCAGGUGUAUAAGCGGAAAACUGAAGCUGCCAAGAAAGAGUAUCUCAAGGCUCUAGCUGCUUAUAAAGACAACCAGGAAUGCCAGACUACUGUUGAAACAGUAGAAUUGGAUCCAGUACUACCAUCACAGACUCCUUCUCCACCACCUGUAGCUACUGUUGACCCAGCAUCUCCAGCACCAGCCUCAACAGAGUCCCCUGCUUUGUCCCCUUGCAUUAUUGUUAAUUCUACUCUUUCAUCCUAUGUGGCAAACCAAGCAUCUUCUGGUGCUGGGGGUCAACCUAAUAUUACCAAGUUGAUUAUUACCAAACAGAUGCUGCCCUCUUCUAUUACCAUGUCUCAGGGAGGGAUGGUUACUGUUAUUCCAGCCACAGUGGUGACCUCCCGUGGGCUUCAACUAGGCCAAACGAGUACAGCUACUAUACAGCCCAGCCAGCAAGCCCAGAUUGUCACUCGGUCAGUGUUGCAGGCAGCUGCAGCAGCUGCUGCUUCUAUGCAACUGCCUCCACCCCGACUACAGCCCCCUCCAUUACAACAGAUGCCCCAGCCUCCAACUCAACAGCAGGUUACCAUACUUCAACAGCCUCCACCACUUCAGGCCAUGCAACAACCUCCACCUCAGAAAGUUCGAAUAAAUUUGCAGCAGCAACCACCCCCUCUGCAAAGCAAGAUUGUGCCUCCACCCACCCUGAAAAUGCAGACAACCUUGGUCCCUCCAGUUGUAGAAGACAGUCCUGAGCGGCCUAUGAGUAACAGCCCUGAGGCCCACACUGUAGAGGCAACUUCUCCUGAGACAGUCUGUGAAAUGAUCACAGAUAUAGUUCCUGAGGUUGAAUCUCCUUCUCAGAUGGAUGUUGAGUUGGUGAGUGGGUCCCCUGUGACACUCUCACCCCAGCCUCGAUGUGUGAGGUCUGGUUGUGAGAACCCUCCGGUUGUGAGUAAAGACUGGGACAAUGAAUACUGCAGCAAUGAAUGUGUGGUGAAGCACUGCAGGGAUGUGUUCUUGGCCUAUGUAGCCUCUAGAAAUCCAAACACCAUGGUAUUUGUGAAAUAGACUUUCUUCUUCUCCAAGACACUGAAGAUUUAUCUGCUGAAAACAUGUCCAAAAGCCCGAUUUUCAAACAUAAGCUGGGCUUCUGAUAGUGCCUGAACACAACCUGUGGUAGUCAUGCUCCUCCUCCCUCUUUCUUCAGUGGAGGGCCAGGAUACGUGAAGCAGGGGCAGAGUGUGCUGUAUUUGGAAUUGCUUUUUACUUUCAACUUCAAGCAAAAUUACCAGGAUAGUAGCAAAUGAAAGGGUGAAGAGAACGGACAAGUAAACCAUAGGAAUGAUAGGGGUGGUGAUGGUGGUGGGGGGUGGGGUCUGAAGAAACUGGAUGUAAUUGUUAUAGGAUUUGCCUAAAAUAUUAUUAAAAUGAUGGGAGCAUACUCAGCUUUGAUUCUAGGAGGAAACCCCACUGUGUGCAUCCAUUUUAAAAAGGGAUAAGAGGGAGUUGAGGGUACAGCUUUGUGUUAUCAAAUAGUCCCGGGUUUAAUAAAUCCCCAGCACCAGAAUAAAUGAAUUUUUAAAAGGAA